AUGGCGGUAAACAUUACGCACUGGUCUUGCCAGAGAGCCUACUUCUUUGCCAAUGUCUACCUGGGCUCCCCCGCCCGCAAGUUCAGCGUGAUCGUGGAUACGGGAAGCACCAUGACCUACAUUCCUUGUGCCGAGUGCGGGAGCUCUUGUGGACCCAAUCACUGGGGUGGGUCAUUUGAUCCGAGGACAUCCAACACUUCUGAAAGGAUAGGCUGCAACUCGCCCAAGUGCAUCUGCGGCUCGCCGCAGUGCGGGUGCACUGCCAACACCUGUACCUACACCCGGAGUUAUGCGGAGCACAGCAGCAGCUCAGGGUUGCUGGUGCAGGACGUGAUGCACCUGCACGAUGGCAGCCCCCCCGUGCCCAUCACCUUUGGGUGCGAGACACGGGAGACGGGCGAGAUCUAUUGGCAGACGGCGGACGGCCUGCUGGGUAUGGGGCGUUCCCCUGCCAGCGUGCUCAACCAGUUGGUGGCUGCCGACCAGGUGGCCAACACCUUUUCGCUGUGCCUGGGGUCUGUCAGGGGGGAUGGCGCCCUCAUACUGGGGGACGCGGGCAUCCCUGCGGGGGUCGAUAUGCAGGGAGUCAGGCUGACCCUCCAUCCGCUCAACUACCUGUUUGUGCACACAUUUGGGACUGGAAAGUAUUGUGUCGGCAUCUUUGAUAACGGGAACUCAGGAACGUUAUUGGGCGGCAUUGUGUUCAGGAACGUUCUGGUGCACUACGAUGUCUCUUCUGAUCGUGUCGGCUUUGGUCUGACCGAAUGUGCUGCUCUAGGGUCCGACAUCCGACCACCAUGCUCCAUUUUUGACCCCAAGGUGGUAGGGGUCUCCUGGGGCCUCAGGUUUUGA